AAGAAUAAUGGACGAAGAGUUGAUGUGCGAGAGUCUGAUGAAAUGGGUAAGCUGGAAUUAUGAGAAUAUGCUUUCAAUUUUACUGGUAUCAUAGAGUGUCAACUUACUGAUCAAUUCGUAAUCGACGGAACAUCUGAGAGUAGACAAAAAACAACUAUGUUGUUAUAUUGACUUUUUAGCUGAAUCCAGUUUACGGUUUCCCUUUUUAACAGGUUAAAACGUUCGAAGGGAUUAAAGCUCCUCAUCAAACCAUAGAGGAAUUGACAGACGGAGUCGCUCUCUGUGAAUGUUUGGCCGAAAUGUAAGUUUACAACGCGACGUUGGAUAUAGGGUGAACGCAUAACCCAUAACGAAACGCUCAGAUGCGGAAAGGCAGAAACAUUUCGAUUGAUAUUUUGGUUUUGUAUGUCUUUGAUGGUAUUGUAGACUUCCGAUUCUUAUUAACAUCAAUUUGCGCUUUAUAAUCUCCAAACGUGGGAGUUUUUUACAAUAGGUUUAGUUUGAGCUUGAGCUCAUAACAUGUUCUUGCGAAUUGAACCGUAAAUUAUGAGUCGUACUUUUCUAAAGAAUUCUGUUGAUUCAAGUUUUAUUUACUUUUAAGCUUUAUGUGUCAUUCGCUACUGCUAUUGAAGUGAUUUUUCAAAUUUUUUGUGCUUUUAUCUCUGAAGCAAAAGGCUCUUGACAAUGCAUAGAAUGAUCGACUUUUAGGGUUGAUAAAGAGUCUAUUUAUCAUCAUUCUCACAUUUUGCUUUGUUUACAUGGGGCCACUUGACAAGUAUUUUGUGAUACCUAAUUUUAAUGCAGUCUCCUUUUGUUCAAAUCACAAAAAAGGAACAAUUGCUCAGUGAUGUGUUUCUUAUUCUGAUACGCACUUGGCCUGAGUGUAAGACAAAAAUUAAAAAUCAACUUGUCAAGCUAGAAUGAUUUACAGAUGUUUUUCAGUGGUUAAAUGUUCUUUUAUGAAUGAAGAAAAACUGAACACAAAUUGAGGGGGUAUUUUAUUCGGUCAAAGUUUUGGAAAUUUUGUACAUCAUCUGUGUGAAUGUCACAUCGUAGGAUUUCCGAACUACAGUAACCCUGUUUAUGGAACCACCACUCAGCCAUAAAAUCCUAUUCAUAAUAAUGAGGUCGUCGUAUAAACAGGGUACAGUCGACUUUGUCUAAACGGACACCUCUAUAAGACAGACACCUCUGUAAAACGGACACCUAGAGGUGGUCCCUGCCUUUCUUUACUCCUUUUAUUUGACUCUCUAUAAGACAGACACCUCUCUAAGACAGACACUUGGUGCCGGUCCCAAAGGUCUUAGAGAGAGUUGACUGUAGUCAUUAGGUAGGGUUCCAUAUACACUCAAUACCCCAAUAACUAGCCUGCGAACAGCAGACGUUUCUCCUCGCUCAUCGCCACUGGGGGACGUUUAGCAAGGAGGAACGUCUGCGACUCAGCGACAGAAAUUCCAUACUGAUGACGUAAAUCAAUGUUUACAUAAUAAAUCCGGUAGUCAUGGGGUUCUAAAUGCAAAUUUGUUCAAUUUUACGUUUCUCCUGGUCGAUUUCGGAAAAGUGUUGUGUUGUGCGAAUGAGCUCCGGCAAAACUCAAAUGCUUCUUGUAGAGAAGACUAUAUUCCACACAUAUUGACUGUUUUGUUAGAGAUUCAUCGUGUUUACAUUUGACCUUUGCAGCCUGCCUUUUGUCUUUUGUCUGUCAUUCGUAAACAAUAGCUAGAACAAUGAAACUACUCCGUCGACCAGUUAGCUCUUCUGUCCGGAUUCCGGACAGAUUCUGCGUCAUCAGUAUGGAAUUUCUGUCGCUGAGUCGCAGACCUUCCUCCUCACGAAAAGUCCCUCAGCGGCGAUGAGCGAGGAAAAACGUCUGCCGUUCGCAGGCUACCCAAUAGCUGACCCUAAGAAGUAAAUUAAGAACGUGUAGUACUCAAAUCCUUCCACUGUGAUCUCAAAGUCAUCCUCAGGGAUGAGGAUGUGGGGCCGUGACCUCUCUGUACUGUGCUGGUAUCCACUCUUGUGGCCCCCCCUACCAUUUUCUAAUUCGUUGAAUAACGGUUAAUGUUGAUGACAACUUGCUUCUAUAAGCACCGAUGACUGACAACACGCGUUGGCUACUUUGCUCAGAGCAGUCGGCUGCUUUUUUUCCCAGGAAAAGAAGCAAUUAGUUUUAAAGAUGUCGUAAACAAAAAAAUAUAUCAUUAAAUCUGAAUUAAAAUGUGAGUUAAUUAUGAUGUGCUUUCGGGGACCACUGAUACAUUAUGCUUUUAGUUACCUAGAAGAAGGGAGCUAACGGCCCCUUGUUGAUACAGUCAUUUACUCUAUUCAAACUUGCUGGCUACUUCAAUUAUUAUUGAAACCCCUGUUUUACGGAUUGAAAAUGGCACAAUAUUCUGCUGGUGAUUACUUGUGAUUAAAUAAAAUAAUGUGCCACUUUUCAUUUUAGUGCACCAGACUGGUUUGAUGAUGAAUGGAUGUCGAAAAUCAGGCAUGAUACAGGAGACAAUAGAAGACUCAAGGUUUGUGAGCAAUGUUAUUCUCUAAAUGGCGAUACCUUUGCUGAAAAUACACACACUGGUGCAGUGUAACUUCUUUCACAGAGUUUUCAAACUUAUGGAUGUAGUUGUCCCAAAGCACGGUGGUACCAGCCACCUAAGAGAUGAAUGCAAUAUAUCCACAGCAAUCAGUGAGCGGCAAACACCACCAGCACGGUCUCACUGACCAAAUAGAUCAGUGUACACUUACCUGAAAAGGAAGGAGGUAGUGGUGGCAGAGCAAAAUAAAAAGUGGGGGGGGGCUGAAAUAAAAAGGCACAUCCCCCCCUGUAAUAAGCAAUAAAAGGCGGUAUGUUUUGAGGCAUCUUAGAGCGGAAAAUGUAGAGACUCGUGUUUAUUAAAAAAUGGAAGUUGGUCUCACAUAAAGCAAAAUUAAAUACAGGAAACCUAACUGAUCCAUUGCAGAACCCAAUAAAUUAAGGUUUUGUAUUUUAAGUCCUAAUCAAGAAGUUGACCGUGGUAAAAUAAAAAAAAAGUUAUUUAUUAUUCUAAGGGGAGGCUGAAGCUCACCCAGCCCUCCCGCCCACUUCCCUCCAGCCCCCUCCCAUGCUUCCGUGGCCUAUGGGAGGGACAGAGACGAAAUGAACAAGAGGCUGUUUAGAUGUGAAACACACUAAAUUGCAAAGAAUCUCAGCAGCUUGAUCCAUGUUAAGUCUUCUACUUGCCUGGGCUCCCCUGCACAAUUGAAUGCAAGCCACUACGUACACUGUACAAUCAAAACCACCAGCCAGAAUUGUUUGAGUUUAACUUUGCCUAAAUUACAUUAAUUUAGCCACAUUUACUGUGGUGAUUCAAUUUUAUCCUUGGUUCAAGUUAUUAUAGCAUUCUUUUGCUUCAAACCUGUAGACGUUAUUUUUAUUAAUUACCAUAACCAAAAACAAAGGAAAAGAAGGUUUAAAUCAGGAAAGAAAUUAAGCACAACAUUGUGUUUGUUGUACAUGUACAUGUCGUUGUUUAUGAAAUUUGCUUUAAAUAUUUUUGGCAGGUAAACAACCUCAAGAAACUCAUUAAAGGAGUACAAGAUUAUUACACUGAGGUAAUAAUGUAAAAUAUGAUAUUGCAAGUUUGCAGAAUAGGAAAAUUUCCUCUAGAGUGUGAGGCAUACCUAACCAAAGUUAAGACGCCUUCAUAGUGGGUGUACGUGAGGUUUAAUGUACAGCUGUAGCUAUCUAUUACCAAAAGGAUGCAAAAUAAUGGGGUAGGUUGAGAAGUCAGUUCUGUACAGUUUUGGCUGUUGCUGUGUAGUUGUCGUGGGUGGGCUGUCCAAGAAUUUUGCAAGCUUGAUAAUGGUUCUUAGUAUCAGUGACCUAAAGCUUAUACAUAUAUGUAGCUAUAUUGCUAUAAUGCAUUCGGGCUCACUGUGAUAUACAUAUAUAUACAAUAAUUAUAGGUUGCUGGUGUAAUUCUCUGGGAAAAAGAAAUUCAGAGUUUAGUUUUAGGGCUAAUAUUAAAUUUGUAAAUAAACACUUUUUUUUUUCAACAUUUAGGUGCUGACAAUGGACAUUUCAGGAUUUCCAAUGCCUGAUGUAAUUGCUAUAGGUACAGUGUGGAACUUUUACUUUAAGGACAAAGUCACCUCAGGCAAGGUCAUUCCAGGAUUUGUCGCCCAGUGAUCUCAUCCAACACCAUUCCUAUCUGACCACAGGCGUCCCAAACUCAUGUUACGAGCGUGUUAUGUAAAUUAACUUUCUCACAAGAGAGUCAGUGUCAUGUUACAAGCAACAGUUGAGACUUUGUAUGAGAAAUAAAAUUCUGAGGUCUGUGGACACUAAAUAUCAUAAUUUUUACUCUUUUUGAGAAUAUAAAAUAAAUAAAGGAAACUCAACGGUUGCAUGUAAUGCAUCACAGCCCUGACUCUCUUAUGAGAAAGUUAAUUUACAUAACACACUCGUAACCUGAGCUUGGAACUCCUGUGAUCUGACAUCACAAUUUGCAAUGUCCUCCCUGUUAAUUCUGGAAUCUCUAAAGAUCUGAGAAUGUCCUUUUCCUUUGAAUAUACAUCACGGGAAGCAACGGUGAUGUAGUGUUGAGAGCACUCGCCUCCUGCUAAUGUGGCCCAUAUUCAGUUCCUGGCUUCAACACUUUAUGUGGGCUGCGUUUGUAGUUGGUUGACUCCCUUCUCGUGGGAGGUUUUCUCCGGGUACUCCAGUAUUUCCGUCUGCUCAAAAACCAACACUUCCAAAUUCUAGUUCAAUCUAGAAGGCAUGGACAUGUUAAAACAAGUUCUUAGGAAGUCUUAAGUGCUUCAUGGGUAAACGAGUUCAUGGCAAUUUUUUACGCUUAGGGCCUAUUUACAUGUACAUGGAGGUGAGGGACCCCAGAUAGGUGAGGUAACAUGUGGCUGGUCACCCCACCUAUCAUGUAAAUGUGAUCAAAUUAAAAUGAGAGAUUAUAUGGACAGGCAGGUUACCUCACCUACCUGGGGUCCCCUACCUCUGAGUAAACAGGCCCUUAGUCUCCAUAGGAGGAGGGAAUGAAUGAUCUUACCCUCUGCUCAUUGGUAAUGCCUGGCUGGAAAACUGGAGACAGUGCUUUGUCAGCUUCUUCAUUUUUGUUACUGUAAAAAUAAGGCACUUACUCUGAGUUAACCCUUUAAGCCCUAAGAAUGAUCAGCAUCAAAUUUUUCCUUGUAAUAUCAAUGCUUUGUAAAACAGAGUGGUCAUGAAAAUUAUGGACAUGAUCACACAAGAUGAAUUUGCUUGAUAUUUUAUUAACUUCUCCCACUUCCCCUGUAGGAAAUGAAUAGGGGUAACAAAUGAGAAUUCAAAUUUUCAUCUUAGAGUUUAAAGGGUUAAUAUUUUCUUUACUCCUUCUAGUGGAAAACCUGGAUAUAACGGAGCUAGGAAGACUGUUGCAACUUGUGUUAGGAUGUGCAGUUAACUGUGAAGACAAACAGGGUAGGUGUAGAUAAUAUUAACCAGAAAUUAAGCUCGCACUCAAAAUCAGUUUACUUGUAAUUCUGUUUUGUACAUGUAUGAUAAAGGAACGAUUAAGCAUCGCUACUCGAAUAAGAGCUGCAUCUUUACCGAAAAUAAUUUAAUAAGCGCCACUCUCGAAUAAGUGCUGUAGGACUAAUUUGGGAAUUUACAAAUUAAAGCCCCACCUUUGUAACAGCACUUCAUAUAAGGAGAUAUCAAAACCAUAACGCUAUAUGGGACCUCGACCAACUCGUGAGUUCUAAAGUUUUAAUGUAGGCUCUUGAAAUUGGCUUCAUAUAACAGUUGUAGGUGUACAUAUUUUGUAUAAAUUAAAUUGUGCAUACCUAGCAUACACCUCGCUUAAUUCUCUCUAUAUUCCUCUCAGUGUUUUACCUGUAGUUGAAAUAAGCACUGCUCUUGAAUAAGCGCUGCACCUAUAACAGGGAAAAUGAAAUAAGUGCCUUGUAGCACUUAAUCGAUCAUCUACGGUAUGUACAGGAGAGUGCAUGGUCUUCAUUCAGAAGGCCAAGGGCAAGGAAUUUUGCGUGGAUAUCUUAAACCUGAUUCUCAGUGCUACACAAGAACAUGUCAGAUACCCAACUACAUGUACAUCUACUUUUCCCAUUUUCUGUUGGGUCGUCAAUGGAAUGACAAUAAAACAAAAAGCCAAGAGAUUGGCAAAAAUAUGUCUGAUUUAUAAGGGUUUCAUAUCCAGGUUAUUUCCCAUAUCUUUAACAGGUACAUGGGUAAAGAAUAUCAUUAUUUUGUUACUAUUUUAAUAUAAAGGGUUAAUUCAGUCAGUUUUACUAUGCAGUGCUUCAAAAAUUAGUGAAAGCCCUGCUAGUAGUUCAUUAUGUACUGCAGGUUACAUGACUGUACACUUGCUUGGAGUGCUGUCUUUAGACUUGCAUAUUCUCUUUAAAUGUAUUUUUUUGUAUUCAGAGUACAUCCAAGUCAUUAUGUCAAUGGAGGAAUCAGUACAACAUGUUGUUAUGAUGGCAAUUCAAGAGGUUUGCUCGACUGCUUUUUUGCGUUUUAUUUGCUGCAGCAACCCUGUCACCCCUAGACCUAGAUACAUGUAUGCUGAGAUGAUUAUUUUUACUAUUGUUAUUUUUUCAUUCUAACUUUGGAAUCUGUGGGCAAAAUUGUACAGUAGUACAUAGUACUUUUUUUCAUUUUAGUUAGAAUUUUACAAAACAAAAUGCAGUAUAAAUAAUGGAUACAUUAAACAACCAAAAAGAUAGAAUCUACGGGUAGGGUUGUUUGCUGCCAAAAGAAAAAGUCUCUUAUAAGUAACAAAGUAAUCUUACUUCUGUACAUACAUGUAGAAUUAUUCACUUCUUUUCUUUACAAAAUUUACUAUGCAUUGCAGUUGUUAACAGUAAAAGAUAGUGGCUUGUCAGGAGCAGAGAGUGAAAUGUACAAAGAACUAGAAAUGCAAGUAAGUAUAUGUACAAAAAAUAAACAUCAUUUUACUAGUUUAAUUUAUAGUAACCUUUGGUUGAAAGCACUUGUUGUGCUAAAUGGUUUAACUCGUUUUGUUAUCAAAAGUCGUAAUUUAAUUAAUAUAUGCUGUACAUGUACAAGAGUGACAAACAUCAAUUUUCUCUGCAAUUAUUUGAAAACACAAUCAAGAGAAAAGUUAACAAGAAGUAAUAAAAUGAUCACCAAUGCUCAGGAAAUCAGUAAUCCAAGCUCAACUUUUUUCACCUGUUACCACCUUUUGGUCAGCUAACAAUGUUACAUGAAAAGUUGGAAAUAACCAAAUUAAAUUUUGAGGUGCAGAUGACAUCUCAUGCAAGGCUUACUGAGUAAUACCCACACAACCCAACUUGAAAAGAGAUACAUUAAAAAAUUGAAGGUCUUGCUUGGUUACCAUUUACAGUUAAAAAAGUAAAUGGAACAAUUGGUUUUCCAUGUCAUUCCAGUGGAAAAUGUCUGGGAGCAAUGGAACAUCUGUAAAUGUUUCACUGUUUUUCCAGACAGAAUGUUCCGAACAAGGAGAUUCAUUUUCCCAUCUUUGAUACUAGUUUCAGGCUUUAGCAGCUGUUUUUCAGUAAAAUGAACUAAUUUGUGCAAACGGUAAAUGCAAUUCUGGAAUGAAAUUUACUAGUCCUGAAUAUUUCUCACCAUUUGUCCAUUUAAAUAUUAAACAGCCGUCAUAUCCUUGCAUAUGAAUUUAUGGUGAUAAUUAUGUACUAUAAUAAAUUAUAUAAUGUUCUGUUUUAAUCUAAACCAGCACAAGAGAACACUAGAACAGUUGAGCGGUAUUUCAGCUGAGAAAGAAGAGCUGUCCCAGAGAUGUCAUGAAUUGGAUGAACAGGUAAAAAUGCUUUAUACAUGUUAUAACUAACAAGAGAAAAACAGGCCGAUUUUGUACCAUCUUGACAUCUCUCUCUUAAUCAAUAAAGGAUUUUUUUCAUAGCUAAAAGGAAUUCAGAUAAUCUCAAGUGGAUGUAAGUAGCACCUUGUAGCCUCCCAAGAAACCUUGUGUGUUUUAUAAAAACUCAUUUAAAAUAUUUAAUGAAUCUCGACAGAAAUUUUCACUAAGAUUUUCUUAGGAAAGUAAUUUUAAAAACCUGAUUAAAGAGUCAAUUUUUAAGCCAUUCAGUAAAGAUGCAGUUCAUGUUUUGUCAAAUUUACAACACUCCUUUUCCUUGGUCAAACUAGACUUAUUACACUGUUUUUUUUUUAACAUCAGUGAUUUUUUUUCCUUCCUCUGUUUGUACAUGUAGUUGUCCUUCAUCAAAGAACAUGAAGGUAGCUUGCAAAUGGAGAAUGAACGACUCAGGGAAAGAUUAAGUCAACAGGAUUCCAUCGGAGACAGAGAUGAUGUCAGGUACAUGUACACUGCAAGUUCCAUCUUUUAGAGUGAACCCUUGAUGGUGCUGUAUCAUUGUUGUUCAUGCCCUUUACCCCCUACUCUUUUAAGGCAGUUCAGCAAGUAGUGACAAUGCUUAAUGUCGGUCACUUUGAUGGCACAGGUGCAUUUAGCAUUGCUUGCAUGUUGUACUUAGUACAGCAAAAUGUGGCAGCCAGUCAGUUUCGUUAAGCCUUUGGAUCUUGCAUGUACUUCCUUGCUUGCGUGUACUUGGUACUGCAAAAUGUGGCAGCCUUUGGACCUUGCAUUUACUGCUACAUGUAUCUCUCCCUCCGAGACUUUAUUUUUCGCAUCCCCUCAUUGUCUUCUCCACUGAUUAGUCAGUGACAGGUGCCUGGUUGCCCAUGGCUGGGAGAUGCAGAUUUACCAGGCAUGGGGGCACAAGGCUAUCUAGGGGUCUAGCUUAAUAAAGAAAAAGUCACUGGACAUCCCAAGCACCCACCUCCAUUUAUACGAGAUGGCAGUUUUAAGCAGAAAAUUGUGUUAAUUUCUUUUGAAUAGAUUUGGCAUAUAGAACCUUGAUUGUCAUUAAUUCACAACAUUAUUAGCAAAAGCAAAUUUUGUGCACAAAUUUUACUGCUUCUGGUACUCACUUUGUUUUUGUUAGAAUUUUUGUUCUGGACAUUUUGUUUCUGUUUUCAUGUUGGACUUUGAUUGUGUUAUGUACUUAUUCUGUGCUAUUAACAACUGUGUCGCUUAGUGGAGCUGGCUGCCCAGGAUGUCCAGGGGCUUUUUUCAGACAUGGAGAUGACGCAAGCAAAUUCUGACCCCACUUGAGCCACUGCACACACCGCUGACAAACAACAUGUGCCUGCACUUCUCAUUGUUACCUAAGUUAAAUUGCAUUUAACUUCAUUAAUAAGCAUUAACAAGAAAAAAAAAACAUUGCCCCAAAUUAAAGUGGCGUCAUUUGCUGUGUCCUCACAAUGGCUGCCUCUCAAGGUGUCCCACUUUAAUUCAAUUAGAAUGCAGUACAGAAAUAUUUAGCAUAUGGGUGUGGUUUCAGAUGCACAGCGGUAAGGAAUGAGUAGGAUGAAUUUCAGAGUUAAAUCUUUAAACCUUAAUGAACACUACACACAGUUAACUCGACUUCAAUGUUUUAUUCUAAGCAGCCAUAAUUAAUUUUUCAAAUGACACUCUCACUGAACAGACUUUGAACAAAAAUAUUGUUCAUUCCUAUCUUUAUGAUAAUCCAUGCCCCAUCUUGUUAUGUCAACCCUGUAAAUUUUUAAUGAAGCCACAUGUACCUGUUGAAAUAAACUAAGUUCAUCCAUCCUUUAAAUUAAGUACAAAACAAUGAUAAUGUUCCUUCUUUAAUGCUGGUCAGUUUUGCAGGAUUAUGUUUGGGAUAAGGGCCAGGUGUCAAAAAAUUUUUACUCUGUAGUUUUGUUUUAAAAUGAUUUUCAGUAAAAUUAUCCUUUCUAAACAGUGAAAUUUUGGCAUGUUGUGUUUUGUUUUAGUUUUUCCACCCAAAAACUUCAGCAUCUUCAGCACCAGAUUGAUAAACUCAAAGAAGAGAAUUUCACUCUGGAAACCUGUAAGUAUGAGCAAAAGACUGUUGCUCAUUAUUUUCAUAAAUGAUUACAUGACAUACCUCCAACCUUACUUGAAAAGAAAAAGGAAAUACUGUCUGAAUGUUUUGUUUAGAGCUGAAGCAGUCAAUUAAGUACCUGUAGUUCUUUGCACUGAACAAACACUUGGUUGUGCUUUAUGCAGAUCUCAGACCUACAAGUUUUUCUAGCUGGGUUAAUUGUGUAGCUCAUCAAUCUGCUAUAUACAUGUACAUAGACAUGGAACAAUGUGAGAUGUUUAAAUGACUUAUUUCACCUUUCAGCUCGUGAUGAGUACAAAAUUAAGUAUGAACAGAUGGAGAGAGAUGUUUUACUACUGAAUGAGCGGGUAUGGUGAAUUAAAAAAUAUUCCUCUUUAUUUUUUGUACCAAAAUUUCAGUUGAAGAGGUAUUUGCUCACUGUUGUUAAAUCUGAAUGUUUUUGUCUUUGAAGAAUGAGCAACUGCAGAGUUUAGCAGAGGAAUCACAGAUGCUGAAAGAUGAAAUGGAUGUACUACGGCACUCCCAGGAGAAAGUGGUAUGUACUGGGUUACUUCAUGCGUUCUUACAUGUACAGGAGCUGUAUAAUUUUUGAAAUUUUAUUUUAAAUGAUUUUCCUAAAAUUAAGGGCAAGGGUACGUGUAUUUCCAUGUUAAAAAAGUGUUCCAGCUGAAAGGUGGUCCUCGUUCACUGAUCUGAGUCUGGUCUGACAAACACUUACCAUUCCAUUUUCCAAAAUUUUCGUUUUGCUUAAGCAUCAGUAAGAAGACAAAAAUUUAGUCAAAAAAUGCAAUUGAAAUGUUUUGGUCCAGUUGUAAGGUUCUUUGAAUCAAACAAUCUCGUUCCAUUUGACCUUGAUUCCCGGUCACUUUUAUUUUGGUCUGCCAUCAUCGUUCGUACAUGUACAAUCUUGAAAAGGUCUUGAAUUUUACUAGUCGUCUUGAAAAGUCCUUGAAUUGGGUUUAGGUCCUUGAAAAGUAGUUUAUUUCUUAUAAGGUCUUGAAAAUUCCUGGAAAUUCACAACCUUGUCUACUCCAGUCACCUUUUUCUGUAAAGUGAGAUUAUUUUGCUGAGGAAAAUUUAGCUCAUUGUCGUUGUAAGAACCUGUAAAACUCACAUUUAACGUAAAAACAUUUUUGUACAUGAACAUUAUUUUAUUUCAAAUGCUAUUUCUGUACCUGAUAUGCAAUUGCAAGUCAUACCUAGUCAUUUUGCAAAGUCUUGUUGCAGAAAGUAGUAUAAAAUAAUGUGAUGAACGAUGGCUGAAGUAAAAAUCAUAAAUGACUCCAUGAGGUGUUUUAACCAAUAGGGUCAAAUGCCAAUUUACUAAAAAAAAUCUUAGUCUUUGAAAACUGUAAAUUUUCCUUGAAAAAUCCUUGAAAAGUAGUUGAAAUUUGUUUGUCCAAAGUUGUACGAACCAUGUGCCAUUAUGGAAAGCACUCAACCUCUAUGCCUUUGUUAACCUUUGCCCAUAAGCAAAAUAGGCCCUUCUAUGUACCAAUUUGGGAAAAUCUGUUGACACCAGUGGAAAGAGGGUCUUACACUCAGGACUGUCAAUAAGGGCCGGUAGCUGGCCAAAACCACCUGCUAGUUAGCCAUCCUUAGCCAGCUACUUUCAUCUCCUUCUACCAUAACUGCGAACAAAAAAUAAGCACCACUGUUUGCCAGUUUUUAAUGACAUUGAACGUAUGUUUUUAAAAACAGGUUUAGAUCUGUGAAAUGUUCGAACCAUGCAAUGUCGUGGAACACCUGCGACAUUUCGACGGCAUUGCUCCCAGUCUUUAGUGUAUUCUCAAUGUAUUCUGGUGGAACAAGUUGGCGCCCGUGGUGGAAAAACCUCUUGAAAACCCCUGGAAAUGGCAUUUCUGAGACUCUAAAUUUCAAAAUGUCCCUAGAUGCCUCAGCCCUGACAAACUUGUGCCUUAUCAGCCUGCUAAUUAAAAACUUUUUGACAGCCCUGCUUACACUGUAUUCCACUUUGGCAAUUUUACUAAUUUUAAGACUCUUUUUCCAGUGAUGUUGAUGGAUUUUCCUUAACUUGUCCAUUCCAAAAGUUUAUGGCUGGACUUUGGUGCCGCAUCCUGAACUCAACUUUGCCUAAAUUUAUUUUACUUUAUGGUUCUAGUACUUGGUUGUUUCUCUUUUUUUUUAUUUAAGAAUGCACUGAUUAGAUUAAAUUUGUCUUUUUAUCAGAUAAAAUAUGAGUCCACAAUAGAACUUUACAAGAAGAAAUUAGGUAAGGAAUAGAACAAUUUACUGUUGUUUUUCUGCUUUUAUGAAAUUAUAAAUUUAAGUAACCAAGGUUUUUUUUUGCUUUACAAUCUCCAUUUCUGUUUGCUGAGCCUUUACUCUGAAUUUAAAAAAAACUUUUGUGUGUUAAAUAUCUUAAAGACCAGCUUUGAUUUUUCAGAGGAGUUGUCUGACAUGAGAAAGCAGAUGAAGGCAUUGGAAGAGAAAAAUGUGACUUACAUGAAGGAAACCAUGAAUUUACAGGAGGUAGAUAUUUUGUAAUUUAACCAAAAUGCUACACACAUAUAUUGACUUUGCUUAUACAAUGUGGUCCUCUAUUAUGUUUGAUUAUAAAUAAUUAUAUUUCCACUGUUCACUGACAACUUACUAAAUUCUUCCAUCAACUAUUGACUUUUCCUAUAACGUUGAUCCUCUAUUAUGUUUGACUAUAUUUAUAUUUCCACUGUUCAUUGACAACUUACUCAAUUUUUUCAUCAACAUAUACUGUAUUUCAUCCUUUUAUAUUUAGCUGUCCGUCAAUUUAUCUUUCCCAAAAAUAAGAAUGGGACAAAGACCAUUAGGUAAUUAUGGGGUGGUGACAUCAAUUUUACCAUGGUAGCAAAAUUUUUUUUCUUUAUCUCAAAAAUCUUUGUAUGAAUUUUUUUGAGACCAUAGCAUGAAUAUUUUUUAGGGCAAUUUGCAUUUUUUUUUUUCAAUGGAAUUUUCCCUUGAAAAGCAUUUUCUACUGUUGUUCCAGCCCCAUAAGUUUUCAAUGAUGCACCCUAAAAACAGCCAUUUGCAUUGUCGAACAGUUUUUCCUUUUUUUCCUGAGUUCAAUGCCAUAUUUGCAGGACCACAGUUUGUUGAAAUCUAGAAAUUUUGCUACCUUGGCAACGUGACGACUUCUCCUCUCUCCCCAGCUCGCUCUAAUCUUUUGCAAACAUCAUCACAGCUGCUUUCUGGGUUUGGUACAUGGUUCUCGUACAUUUAUCAUUGAUGCCUAGAGCAUCAGAAUGGUCAUCCGAGCCAGGUGAAGGUCUAGCCAUUUGUGGGGCGAAGGCAGUACCUUCAUUACUAGGUUAUUUUGAGACCCUGAAAAUUGGCCCUGCCUCUGGAUUCGAACACACAACCUCCUUCUUAGCUGUCUAGCUCUUUACCGACUGAACUAAUCCUGAUGCCUUCUAUUCUCUAAAAUACGCACUAUAAUGUCUCAAUGUACUUUACGUUUUAUCAAAUAGUAUGUACCACUUUUUUACAGGAUCUUCGGAAAGCCAAUUCUCUUAAAUCUCAAGUAGACACGUACAAAAAGCAGGUAAGUUAACAGUUUGCAGUCUUUAUUGAGUACUUUUUUGUAUUAUGUUUUUUCUCUAAUAUUGUUAACCAUGAAUAUCGCUUUAAGCAAUGCAUACUGUAUUUCACUUUCUUAUCAGGUUCAUCAGUUACAGGUACAAGUUUCAGAUUUGCAAAGACGGGCAGACAAGGUAUGUAAACUGUGUAUAAGUCUACACAGAGUGAACACCGGACUUAAUAAUUAAGAACUAGGCACUUGAAUGAUUGCAGCAGUCGUAGUGUGCAUUCUGCCAGUUUUAUUGAAUUUAUAUUUGGCAUAAUCAAUGACAUUUCUUGACCCCAAAAUUUUUUUGUUGCCUUUGUUGUUUUUGUUGUUUUCCUAAAGGCUGCACUAAGGUUGAAACAUGUUUUUUGUAACCUAUCUAUUUUCAAGUAUUAUUACGUUUUAUGUAUUAUUUGAAACGUUUCGUGCCCUUUUUAUAUGUGCUUACAUGAAUAUGGUGCUUUCAUAUGCAGGCAGAGUUUGAAGCUAAGAAAUCAAAAGAAAAGCUUACAAACUUUGAAGCGGAAAAUGAAGUAAGUCUUUGUCACUUCUUACCAAACUUUGUGAUUUUGAAUUAAUGAAAAGAAAUUCUGCGUUAUUCAGUGAUUUUGUUACCUCUGCGUCCUGUGUCCCUGACGCAUAAAAGUCCCCAAAGACGCGACGUAAUUCAACGGUUGCGUCCCGUAGGACGCAAAGAUCGAUCGAUCUGAAGAUGCUUUUGUAGAAAAUCCUGUCCGUAUGAUUUCUGUGGCUGUUAAAUGUGGUUGUUGUUUAACGAUGCGUACAGUAUUUAUCUUAGUCCCCUCAUUUUUGUUGUUUCAAUAGGAGGACUACAUUUUAAUUGCAGUAAACUGUGAUUAAGAGUUUUGGAGUCUGUCUUCAGAUUCAGUAGCUGCCUGGUCACAUAAAGACCCAAGCUUUUUCAGUUUCGAACUCGUUGUUUUUUGAACUGAGUCUUAAUGGUUCUGGACUGGGACUCCAGUUUUUUCACAAGAUGAAUCCCAGGACUAACUAUUUCUAACAAAAUCACCGAUCAUUCCUGCAAACUAUUGUUUAACAUGAAUAAAACAUCCUUCCUACACCCCGAUAAGUCUUUUUCGUUACCCUCCACAAUCCCAUCCAGAACCAUCAGGUCUUGGUUGUUCAAACCUUGGAGAGUGCUACCUACCGGAUUAAUCACUAUCCAGCGGAUAAGUAUUAGGAAAACCAAUAGAGAGGAGAAGUGUGACGUCACGUUACCAUAGUAGCAACAUUUCUGGAUCACGACAAUAGGGAAUUUUUGCAACAGCAAAAGAGCAAUAGGUUUAGAUUGGCAAAAGAACAACUUUACGCGUGCGUGACGCUUUUUUGUACAUUUAUUAGCCGUUGUUGCACGACUGCGACAUGAAACGUCCCAAUUUGAUUCGCCCGCUUUAUCGAGUAGGUGAGCACAGCACAAAAAGUUCUGUUUCUUUUUGUAAACCUAGAUACGGUCCUUAUGGAUUCAACCCAGAAAAUUUCACCAACAUUUGGCAAAUUAAAUGACACUAAAUAAGAUCGAUGAAGUUUGAAACAGUGCAAAUCCACUUUUUGCAUGACGUUUUGACGGGAUAGAAAUUUAUCCUGUGGAUAGCGGCAUCUACCUUUUGAACAACUGAGGCCAGAGCUUCGUGGUCUGCUCCCUGAGAAUUCCAAAAGCUUUACAUGGGAGGGAUGUGGACAUUUUCCAGGAUCAGGAAAUCCCAACCCUAAAAGAAUUUUUAUUUGAAUCGAGGGUGUAAUAGCCUACUUUGUUAACUUACGUUAUCGAUCUCUUUUGUUUUAAGCGUUUAAGACAGGAAAGAGUAAAGUUAAGAGAAGAAAAUGAGGAAUUACAGCUAGCUCAAGUAGCAGGUAAUCUGAAAUCUCCACCUCUUUCCUAUUUGCUCCAUUCCGUGAGUGUUUUAUGUAACAGUUUUGUUUACUUGUUUAUAGGAUCUCCAAUGCGUCAUCUAUCGCCUGGUUCUCCUCCAAGUGAUGAUUUUGAUCUUGCUGGCUCUCUGUCUCCUGAAGUGAAGUAUGUACAUGUAGCAAGACUGUAAUGCUUUGUUUACGAACAGGACGGACGUUGAAGCAUUUUUACCAAUAAUCUUUUUUUUUGGUUCAACGAAAUAAUUUUCAGUUAUAUUUAAUCACAGGGAACGCAUCCUUCGUUUAGAACAUGAAAACAAGAAGCUUAAGGAGCAGAAACUUGGCGAACAAGAAGAGCAGGUACACUACUUGCACUGCAAGUCAAUUUUUCUGAACAUUACACAGUUGUUAGCCGAGAGAUUUCGUAACCGUGGCAAUGGCAGUAGAGACCUUUAGGGCCGACCAUUUAACCUUGAUGAUUUUGAAAAAAAUUUCCUGGCGCUUGUCGGAAGAAAAAAAAAAUGCAUGCCUAAAUGGACGACUUAUGGGAAAAAAAGGGAAAAAAAUAUCCUGCCCCCCAGAUUGCUAGAAAAAAAAUUCUUGAUGACCAGAAAUCACCAACCCCACCCCUUAAGAGUUAAAUGGUCGGCCCCUUAGAAUCAAGGAUGAGGACGACUACGAGUCCGAGAUUUGACUGAAAGUUUUUUCGCGUAUUCUCAAAAUAGAGACUUCCAGAAAAGCUUCAUUUUACCAUUUUUCACUAGCAAAGUUAGCACUGUUACCUUUAGUGAAGGAGGUUAUACCCUCCCCCCAUCGCAAAAAGGUAAAACUACUAACAUUUUGGUAACUUGUGUCUGUCACUGCGACUUUCUCGCUAAAACUCGUAGCAGAGUGACGACGGCUGCCACAUUUUCCCGCCAAAAUGACACUAGUUCACGUGUGUGCACUUCACAGUAUUGAGAAAAUCUCGUAGUCGUAGUCGUAGUCGUACUCGUCUUAGAAUCUAAAGGUCUCUAGUGAGAGGGCAUGAUCCAAAAGACUUCGUGCGCGGCAUGUUCUGGACAACUCAGUCAUUUUAAGGCCAAUAUAACAACAAGCUGUCGUGCAAGGCUAUUGCUGGACAAUGAGGGAACUCAAUGUAAGACUUGCCGGUCUCUUUUUGAGGAUACGAGAGCUGCAAAACGGAACUACCGUGCAUGCAUAUUUUAAUUUUGUUAACGAGUUUGUCUUUUUCUUUUUCAACAGAAUCAGCUUCUUCAGAGUUUACUAAAUGACGCAAAUGAAAGGAAAGACCAGUUAGAAAGAGAAAACAGGUGACAAAAGAUUUUUCUGAGUGUUUGAAAUUGUUAACACCUAUGUUCUAUCCAGAAAACUAAUAUUUUUUAGCAGUUUUCUUCUCCAGAGCUCGUCGCAGCUCAUACACAAUGACAAUUUCAUUACUCGAUUUCCAAAUCACCUAGAAAACCGCACGCGACUGUCAACUCAAGAGAAACACUUGCUUUAGCUGCAGAUUGUUUACGAAUUAGAAAGAUAAAACGUACUAAUUCGUCAAUGUAAACACGAUUAAAAUGGCCCUCAAAUGGUUAGUUUAAGACGGUAAAGUGAACUGAAUACCUGAUGUAGAACUUUUUAAUAUCAUGGUUAUGCACCAUGAUUGCUAACAAAUAGGAAGUCAAAGUCGCUCGCAUAAGAGAUCAAAUUUUCUUAUUUUAACCAUUACAUUAAAUUAUGAACUGUGCCUUAAAAGCAUGAUAAUAGAGAUUUAGAGACACGUCUACGGCAAACGUGAAUGUUUACCACGUGACCAAGUUUUCCCUUCACUUGUCGUUUACUGUUCAUUACUUCUACUCAAAAAUUAGUUGUUUCACGUUAUUUUUGUCCGUAAGAACUGUUUUGAGCUGUUUUCAUUUUUUUUUUUUCUAUUUUGAGAAAUUCUCAGCUUGAAUCUGACAUUAAAUCUGACAUGGCAAAUUUUGCCAUAAACGAGACUUUAAAUCUCUGUGUUGACAUAAAAUAGCCAAUUCGGUUUGCAUUGCACUACGGCUCUUAUUGUAAACAACAUUACAAAAUAGUAUUUGCUGACAUAAGAAAAUGGCGCAAUUUAUUUUGUCAACAGAGAGUUGAAUCAAAAGCUAAUGGAAGCCGAAAGCGAGCUGGAUGACGUACGUAAUCAGAAGAGCGCGGGUGAGAUGGACACUGACAGUGAACUGGGGAGAAAGUAUACAGAUCAUUUGUAAGUACAGUCCACUUAGCCUGGCCUUUUGGCAAAAGGGCUUUUUCUUUGUCUAUUGUACAUGGGUUGUUUACCAUUUACAAAAAGUUACCAGAAAAAAAAAAGGGUGGAAAGUAAAUGGGGCACGACUUUUCGGGUCGUUUCAGUGGAUAAUAGGAAGCUUAAGCAACAGCGUUUUUGAGCGACGGGCGUCAACCGGAAGUGGACUUUUUCCAUCAUUGGGGAGUGGUUUGGUUCAAACUCUCGGGUAAAUCCUCUUUAUAAGAGAAAAGGAACUUAGCAAUGCAAAUUUGUCAGCUUCAAGGCAGAUAAAAAGCGAGAAGGCCUCACUUCCGGUAGUCUGCUACACAGCCGUUUUUAGUGUCGUCACGCAACGCUUGGGAGGAGCGUUGCUUGACGACACUAAAAACGGCUGUGUAGCAGACUACACUUCCGGUUGACGUGCAUGGCUCAAAAACGUCUUCGCUUAAGCUCCCUAAUUUCAGAAGCAACGAAACGUCUGAAAAUGUAGUCCUGUCAAAACAGUCGUAAUGUUUCAAACGGAAAUUCCGUUCGUGUUCCAUUUCUUCAAAACCAUCCUUGAUACCACUUUCAACAUUCGCUACAGUUUUUUCACUAGGGAUAUGUGUGUCCCCUACCUAAGAAUACGUAUCACUAGGGAUAUGUGUUUCCCCUAUCUGGGAACACAUAUCAGCAGGGAUAUGUGUUUUCCCUACCUGGGAACACAUAUCAGCAGGGAUAUGUGUUUCCCUUACCCGGGAACACAUAUCACUAGGGAGAUGUGUUUCUUCUACCUGGGAACACAUUUCACUAUAUGUUCCCGGAUAGGGGAAACGCAUAUCCCUAGUGUUUCCCUUCCCGAGGGGGAACUUGGAAAUGGAUUAUUCGACUUAACAUCGACCCAGUCUCAAGAGAGAAGUUAGAAUGGCUGAUUUAACAGGAUUUUUAGUCAGCUUUUGUUGACACCAAAAAGGGCGGCGGGAGGAAGACUUUGGGCGCUUUCCAUUAAGGAAAAAAACCCGGAACUUUCGGUGGUAGCAAAAGUGGAAUUUCCGAUUGGUAAAAAGUUGUUCCAUUUGGUCGUAAACCCCGGUACGUGGCGGUGCCCGACCGUGGACCUGGAACUGGUACAAACUACGAGAAACGUAAAUGGAACACGACAUUCCGUUCGGCCCAUUCUCAACCGAAAACGGGACCACCUUUUUAGAUUUUCUACUUUUUCUGGGAAUUUUCCAGUGGGACGAGCCGACGAAACGUGUUCCAUUUACCGCCGAACCGGAAAUUCGGCGGCGGGAGGAAGACUUUGUCCCAGUCGCCCUGGACUUCUGCGUCAAGAUUUUUUAAUAAAAUGUUUCUCAUAUCUUGCAGGGACAAACUUAGAGUAGCCAAUGAAGAAUUACAGAAGAAGAAGACGUACAUUGAAAGUUUAGAACCCAAAGUCUCUAGCACGAGUGAGUGAACUGGAUUGAUGAACCGUUUUGUAAAGAAGAAUUGGAGGAUUAUUAUGCGUUUCUGGGAAACUGCCCGCCUACCCCUCCCAACAAAGCACUUACCUCUUACUUACGGCAAAAUAUUGGCUUAGGGGAGGGGUAGGUGGGCAGUUUCCCAGAAACGUAUAACCCAGUUUCUCUGUAUUUAUACACAAUAUUUUAGUGUAGUUGUUUAUCUGGGUGCCGUAUUUUUUUUAGCGGAAAAAGUGAAUGAGCUUCAAGAACUAUUGAACAAAAAAGACCAAGAGAUGAAAGUGAUGGAGGAUCGCUAUAAGAAAUAUCUGGAAAAGGCUAAAAGUGUGAGUAAAUAUUUAUGGGCCUCAGUUUAGUCAGCAUGAUACUAUCAACGUAUUGUACGGUCGUUAUGAAUAAUACAGUGAAACUGACCUGAAUAUUGUGAAAAUGUCAAUGCCUUUUUUAUAGUGGAAGUGCACUUCGCGUCUUCAGUCAAUUACCAACUUUACACUCAAUGUGGCUGAAAACCAAAUGUUAAAGAGUUCUUUAAACAUAGCCAAAACUUCGAGACUUGCUUAUACAGUAAUAGGCCAUUUCUGAGUUUCACAUGAAAACCCUCAAUGUCAACACAAGGCCAAGUGCAAAACUUCUUGUGAUAAUGAGUUUUAUCAGUCGAAGCUAAUUUUUCUUUCUUUUCAUUGGCCGAGAGCCUACGACGUGACCUGCAAAUAACUGCGUACAAAUAUUGGUCUGCUCAUCCGCAAUGCCGUCCAACUGUGUUUGGCUGCAAAUAAUAUUUUGCACAUCCGUAAAGGAAACCGUGCUUUUCUCCUUCUUGCGAGCGCUCUUGCGUGAAAAUGGCUGAUCGCUUCGCUUCCCGAGGAUAUUCAUUAAAAAAACAAACUCGGUGAUCGAAUGAUAAAACAAUUAUUGAUCUCGGUUAUCGCAAAAUAUCGUGAUUUGUCAGUGUCUCGCAGAUCUAUUAUUUGCCUCAGCCUUCGGCUUCGGCAAAUAAUUGAUCUGCUCGCCACUGACAAAUCACGAUAUUUUGCUCAACCUCGUCCAAUAAUUGUUAAUUAUUUGCAAGAGAAUAAAAAAUCAAUCAUUUUCAUGUCAAUGGCUUCCUCUCUUUGAAAACGAGGCUUGAGGCAACUCAGAAAUGACCUCAUGUCGUGGUGUCAUCUUAGGUAAAACCUCCCAUGUAAGUCGCGUGUAUAUAGUUCUUUUUUCCUUCAUUUCAGGUUAUAAAAACGCUGGAUCCCAAACAAAAUCAAGGCUCUCAGCCGGAGGUAACAUGAUUAUCUUACAGUUAAAAAAAAUUGUUUUCAAAUCCGCAGUUAUCACGAUCUCCUAUCCAUUUCACUGUCCCGAAGAAGACAGUGUAGACAAGAACGACUGUCUUGGUCCGCAUCUUAGAGCUUGCAUCUGCUACCACGUUCGUGGCGACCACUGAGCUUCGUUUAGCCUUUGGAACUUGAGUUUACCCCCACCCCUCCCUCCUUUUAUUUUUCUCCACUGAUAAGUCAUUGUAGUUGUUGAUUGGUCUCUGGUGUCUUAGGGGACAUCCAUAAAGGAGUAACUCUACCUAACCGAGCUCUACUGAGCGAUGUAGUUGUUAAACUUAAUUUAGCAACGUGAGCUCCAAGGGUCGUUAAGGGACAAUUUUUUCCAAGUGGUAAACCCCGAUCAGUCCAGAUCGUGAUAUUUUCCAUAAUCCAGUGACAACAUUUAUUCGCUGUGCACGACAAAUGACAGCCGCAAGAAAUAGAUAUUGAUGUGUUUCUUCUUCCGUCAGAUUCAAUUGCUAAAAAAUCAAGUGCAAGAAAAAGACAAAAUUAUAGAACAUCUGGAGGUAAGUGGUGAACUUUUUAACGAUGUCGAAACGUUUUUCUUUGAUAUUCGUUUCUGAUUUUUAUUUUUCUGCCCUGUUGUGUUGUUGCUUUAGCGAGAUCACGAAAAGAUGAAAAUAACAAGGGAACGAGAAGAAAAACUUAUUGUUAGUGCGUGGUAUGAAAUGGUGAGUGAACGCGUGUUAUCUUUUGAAGUUUUAAACACAACGCCGGAGUUUGAGUCUUCAUUCGUUUGGCGAACUGAGGGCUCCACUCGGAGGGCGGGGUUGGUGUGGGCUCCACUUGGAGGGUGGGGUUGGUGUGAGCUCCACUUGGAGGGGUGGGGUUGGCGUGGGCUUCACUUGGAGAGAGGGCUUGGUGUGGGCUCUACUCAGAGGGCGGGGCUGUUGUGGGCUCCACUUGGAGGGCGGGGUUGGUGUGGGCUCCACUCAGAGGGCGGGGCUGGUGUGGGCUCCACUUGGAGGGGUGGAGUUGGUGUGGGCUUCACUUGGAGAGCGGGGUUGGUGUGGGCUCCACUUGGAGGGCGGGGUUGGUGUGGGCUUCACUUGGAGGGCAGGGUUGGUGUGGGCUCCACUCAGAGGGCGGGGCUGGUGUGGGCUCCCCGUCGAGGGUGGGGCCGGUGUGGGCUCCACUUGGAGGGCGCGGUUGGGGAGAAAAAGGAAGAUAAACCUCUAUAUUUUCCUGAUGUGUUUAGUCGCAUUGAUCCUGAGCAGCGUGUCAUAUUAUUUCAGGGCAUGCAGCUUCACAGAAAAGCUGCUGAGGAAAGAUUAUCUGGAAAUACAGGAGGGGUGUCAUUUUUAGCGCGACAGAGACAAGCUUCAAGCCGUCGUUCCACCCCAAACAGAACGCAACAAACAGCCGCCGUGGGUUCAAGGUAA